AUGGGUAGAAAAAGCGCUAUUGCAACUUCGACCAAAAAGACCGUCGCGGAAAAGGAACUGGUUGUGCCGAAAACGCCGGCGAAAUCGCCGAAAACUCGUGCUCAAAAAGCUCUGGCCGCAGCCACUCCAUGUCCGAAGAUUCUGACUCCAAAAACUCUAGCUCCGAAAGUCGCUAAAACUCCGAACAAGAAGAAAUCGGAGACAGCCGUGGUUGUAAGCAGUGACGACGAGGAGGAAACGCAGGGAAUUCAGGUAUGCAUGAUUUCGAAGCCACAGAUUUGUCAGAGGUCCGAGUUAAUUCGUGUCCUUCUUAUUCUUCAUUCUUACAAACAUUUCAAAGUACAUACCGAUAUAAUUCAUUUUUCUCGAAUUACAGACGCUAAAAACGGUCGGAUCUGUGGCGGAGGCGGCGAAAAAAGAGGAGGAAUUGGAGCAUGAAGAGUCAAGCGACGAGGAGGAGGAGGAGGAAAAGUCAGGAAAAUUUCUGAAAAAAAGAAAUCCGUCUUGUUGCGAUGAGGAAGAUGCCGUCCUGAAGGCCAAAGAGCAGGCUCCGCAUGCGGUCAACUCUAUGAAAAAGUAUUUUGCUGACAAAAACGAGAAGUCUCUCUUUCCGGACAUUGAUUACGCUCUCAAUUUGUCUGUUGGCUACAAGAAACCGGCACUCACAACCGAAAUGAACCGACUUAUGAUGUGAGUUUCGUCUCGGACUCUUGUUUUUACUGAUACUUCAUGAUUGUGCUCUUCCUAAUUUUCUUCCCCAGAGAGAGAGAGAGAGAGAGAUAGAAGCGAUUAGCGUUCGAAAAGGCAGAGACGCAAGCGCGAAACUGUUUCGUUGUUGUUGUUUGUUGUCAUAGGCGCGGGAUUUUUGAGAAACACCAAACCAUUUUGGGCAACCUGACAACCUCUUACAGUCGGUAAACUCAGAAAUUUUUAGAUUGCUGAUUGCAAAUAAUGUUUUCCGCCAUCUUCUUCCAGAACUCUUCCGCACUCGACGCGCAACAUCAACAACACGACGAUCUGUCUGAUUCUCCCGGAUCUUGAUCAGUCCGAUACAGCGCGUCGCGAUUUCGACGUGGAGAAGCAGUCGCGCGAGUGGGCUGAUAAAAUUGAAGCAGAGCACGGACUGACGUCGGCGCACUACUCAAAGAUUCUGACAAAACGUGAGGUGGAGAGAAUCGCUCACACUUACGCGGACAAAAGGAACCUCGCCUCAUCAUACGAUUUGUUUUUGGCUGAUGGAAGAGUGUAUAAGUCAGUGAAGUCGUUCCUUGGCAAGGAGUUUUAUAAAGUGCACAAGACGCCGCUGCCGUUCACUUACCACAAACCUCUCAGCUCGCAAAUCGAACGUUCAUUGGCCACGGUCGUCUAUCCGUUGAAGAGAUUCAUGACUAAAGCGUGAGUUUGUAUUCGUUUUACUGAUAAACAUUAGAAAGAUGUACUAAUAGUAACGUUCUUGUGAUGAAUUGCUCAAAUUCAAAAGAAAUUCAAGAGUUAGAAGUAGAAAUAUACCUCACCGUUUCAUCUCUGUUUUUUAGAUGUGUCGCUGUGGGUCAUCUGGGACAAAGCUCCUCUGAUUUGUCGGAAAACAUCAAUUUCGUGAUCGACCGCAUUGCGGCUAAGUGUCCGGGAGGAUUCGUGAACGUCCGCAACAUCUACCUGUCCACCAGCACCAAUAAACCAUCGCUUCCAAUUCACAUUGAUCAGAGAUCGGCUACGGAGAUCAGUCUUCCGACUGGUGCCCCCCACGCUAAGAAACACCUGAAGGAGCAAUCGGACGAAUGCUCGACUCUUCCAGACGGACUCAAGAUCGCUGUUCGUAAGAAUUCGAGAAUCCGUGUUCUGAAGGAGGUGACAGACGAGGCGGUAUUGUUCCCGACGAUCCACGACGAGCAUUCGGAGCGUGAUAGUAUCAAGCCAACUAUUGACCCGAAGAAAGUGCUCAAGAAGCGGGAGCGUCGUCGCAAAGGAAAAGAGAUUGUGAAGAAGCAGAUUGCGAAAAGAAAGGAGAAGAAACUGAAGAGAGUCGCCGAUGGACCCGUCAACAUCAUCGUUACCAAGAAAAUAAAGAAAUCUGUCGCCUAA